UGGGACACAAGGCCAUAUGAUUCCUCACAACAUUUCUCUAAAGCACUCUCUCUUCGAUCUUCACCACUCAGUUUGCCUGAGACUGCUUACCAAUGACCAUAAAUCAUUUGCUUCUCUACAAAUACAAAUUCUAAUGGAUAGCCAGCCACCUGUGCCAAUUCCCUAAGCCAUUCCUAGCCAGUCCUGUACUUCGUAGAAUUCAAAACAGUCAUGGGUUUCCGCUUGCCGAGAAUUGCUAAUGCUAAGAGGAGCCUAGAACGGACACUUCCAUCUUCCAACACAACAAUGGUGCCUAAAGGCCACUUUGCUGUUUAUGUCGGAGAAGCUGAGAAGAAGAGAUUUGUUGUCCCGAUAUCCUUCCUGAAGCAUCCUUCGUUCCGGAAUUUGCUGAGUCAAGCCGAAGAAGAGUAUGGAUUUAAUCAUCCUAUGGGUGUUCUGACUAUCCCCUGCAGCGAAGAAGCUUUCACUGAACUCGCCUGCAACCAGCAAAGCUCAUAAGAAGAAAUGAUAUAAAAUGUAUGAAAAAGGCUAACGGAGUGGAGACUGAUUCUUUUAGGAAAGCGAGUGUCUAUGGUGGAUUGUUCUCUACAAUCCCGUGCCCGCCCUUGUAAACUUUAUUAAUUUUUCUAACAAAUAUAUAAAUGACAAAUCAGAACCACCUGAGGGUUGAUUAUUAUCCAAACUAGAAAGUCCUUAUCCCCAUGUGA